AUGUUCAAUGGGAUAGCGAAUAAAACUCAGGAGGAUGGCAGCUCUCCAUACAAUUAUUUGGCCCUCCUGUUUGGUACCCUGCUCAUUGUGGCCACCAUGCUGGGUAAUAUUCUGGUGUGCCUCAGUGUGCUUCUCAAAAAGUCUCUGAAGACAGCAACAAACUACUUCAUUGUCAGCCUGGCUGCAGCAGAUCUACUUCUGGCAAUUCUUGUUCUGCCUCUCUACGUGUAUACUGAGUUUCAUGGGGGGAUUUGGACGUUGAACAUGUUCCUGUGUGAUGCGUUAAUGACGAUGGAUGUGAUGCUUUGCACAGCUUCCAUUCUCAACCUAUGUGCCAUUAGUGUGGACAGGUACAUUGCAGUGAUGGUGCCCCUCAAGUACAACAGGAAUCAAUUCAGCGCUCGGCAACUGAUCCUCAUCGCGGCCACAUGGCUCCUGUCCUUCGGCGUCGCUUCCCCCGUCAUCUUCGGGCUCAACAAUGUGGCUGAGCGAGAUACGACGACCUGCAAGCUGGAGGACGGCACCUUUGUAGUUUACUCCUCCAUCUGCUCCUUCUUCAUCCCGUGUCCGGCCAUGCUCUUCCUCUACUACGGCAUGUUCCGUGGGCUCCGACGCUGGGGGAAGAAGCCCGAGGUCCGGCAGCGGGACAGGGACCGGACGCUCUCCUUUCGCCUCACGGUCACCGGAGCCAAGGCAGAAGCUGGCACGCAGCUGGUAGCGGAGCCCGGUCCCAACCCCGGCCCCGGUCUGCAGGGAGCGCUGGGCACGCCGCAGCUAGACAGCACGUCGGACAUGGAGUCCCCCGAGGCGGCCAACCCGAGGGAAAACGGGUGUGCGGCCAGUACGGGGGCCGGGCCGAAGAGCCGCAGGGUCAGCCGACGGGAGAGGAAGGCGAUGAAAGUGCUGCCCAUCGUAGUAGGGGUGUUCUUGGCUUGCUGGACUCCCUUCUUUGUGGUCCACGUGCUGAAGGUUUUGUGUGAGGUCUGUGCCAUUGGGCCCACUCUGAUCAGCAUCGUCACCUGGCUGGGUUAUGUCAACAGUGCUGUCAACCCCAUCAUCUACACCGUCUUCAACGUUGAGUUCAGGAAGGUUUUCCAGAAGCUGCUGCGCUGCCAAACGUGA